AUGGAUAAGCCGUGUCCUGAAAUUAGAAGGAUAGAACGCGAAAAUUACUAUUUAUAUUUGGAGAAGAAUGACAUAUACGCGUGCAUAAAAGUAGGUCCACGGUCCUACUGGAAAAGUAUACUUUUCAAUGGGUUGCUGCUCCUCCUGUUAAACUACGGAGUCCACCAUUUGUUGCUCUCACAGAAAAUUACCACUGGUACGCGCUGGAUUUGGCUGCUUACUCUCAUUGGGUCCCUGACGCUGAUCCAGAACCCAGCCAUUGAAAGCAUAACUGUGUUUCAAAACAACGGCGUACAGUUGUCCACCGUGAGAGGGUACAUCUUUCUCCCCCAUUGGCUGAACGAGAGGUUGUUCUCAUCCACAGAAUUCAUUACGCAAGACAAGAUUGUCGACUUGGUGAUCAACGAAGGUUUUUAUGCUUGGUUUCAAGUGAUGUGUUACCUUUGCAUUAUUAUACGUGGGAGUGAUAAAUUGAAAAGAGUGUUUCUCAAGUAUAAAAUCUUGCUUGAGGACCAAAAAACGAUAUAUAAUGUCUGCAGGGAGUGUCUGUACUCUGCGAAGGAUAAAGAAAAGAUGUCUUUGUCCUCUAAGGUGCGCGCCUAUUUGAAUGAAUAA